AUUGUUAUUAAUAGAUUUACUGUAGUUCUGCUCAUGGGUCUUAAAAUAUCUGACAAUCUGCACAUAAUUUCACAAUGAAUUCAACAAGUAAACAUUAAACCUCUAAUAAUUUAUUUUAGUGCAACAUUUAGAGACUUUGAUGACAUGCCCAUGAUGGUUACUCUAUGUCUCUGUGUAUAUUACUCUGUAAAAAAAAGAAAGAUCACAUAUUGAUCUAUUUUAUGCCUUGUUCAGCUUUUUCAGUAGAAGUGUUGCGUGUGGGCUGGUGUGAAAACAGUGUGCAUUUUUACUAUUCUUACUAACAGUCAUUUCCUGUACAGCUCAAUGUUAUAGCGUUUCAGGAAACAGGGUGAGCUUAGUUUUGCAAAUGAUAUUACACCAUCAUGUCGGCAGAUCACAGUAAGGUAACAUCCAUGGACAUGGACACAGCUUUUCUCAAAUCCAAGAGGGGGAUCCUGAAAACAGCAGAGAUGGCGACUCUGUUUGUGGCAUUUGUGUGUUUCGCUGUAGGAUCCAGACCAAAUUACAUUGCAGCCACAGUGCUGGAGUUUCUGAUCACCACAUUGCUGCUGUUGCUGUACAUGUUCAAACUCAACAAGAGGCUGACCUUCUUCUUUUGGCCUCUCGUUGACCUUUUCAAUUCAGUCUUUGCAGCAGUCUACUUUGUUGUCUUGAGCCUGAUGGCUGUAAUCACGUACACUUUCACAGGAACACUGGUUGGAGGGAUAGUUGGUCUCAUCUCAGCUGCUCUGCUCUGUAUGGACAGCUACACACUUUUCAGGGACAUCACGUUUAACAGGCCAAGAAGUGACACCCAGAGUCAAGACAACAAAUGAAUCGAUCAAUUACAGUAAAUGAAUGCAGUAUGCUAUGUGGGUAUUAACAAAUUCAAAUCCCUCCACCACUGAUGCUUUUCCCAUGAGUUGUGACGUCGUUGAAUAACUGAACUUACUGUAAAGCUGUACUGUACAAUAUGUUUCACCACGUCAAAGGUUGUAGAAGUUUUCAACAUAUUUAAGAUUCCAGUUGUAAUUUAAAAUAGGAUGAUGCUGUGACUUAUUGGUAAAUUAUUAGUUUUCUUUUUUAAUUGACAUAAAUAAACAGCAAGGGUCAAUAAAGUUUUUU